AUCAGCUUAAGGUCAGACGGCAGGGUUGCGUGCUAAGUCAUCUGAAAUAGCUUUUGACUGUCCCGUUUGUAAAAGAGAACACACCAAAGACCGACUGUGUUAAAACCGGCUGAUUUCUGAUCUUACAUCAAGGCAAGCUGAAUUGUCAGGACAGGUGUUUUGAUGUCUGCACAGCGAUUGUCUCUCUGGCCAUGUCUGCAAACUGCCCUGAGCUAUGGUGUUCUCGUGCUGGCAGCUCUGCCAGUCAAAACCACAAGUCAAAAUUGCUCACACCCAAUUGUACCAGAACAUGGAGGUUUCCACUGUGAUCCCUCUCCUUGUCGUGGUUUCCCUCAAAAGAGCACCAUUCGCUUCUUCUGCGAGCCGGGCUACACUCUACUCUUCCGCCACCAUCGGUCUAGAUGUCUUCGUGGGCAAUGGCGACCAAGCAUUCCCACCUGUAUACCUCAACCAGAGGGCCAUGCCGAACAUCGUGAGAAUAUAGUCAACUCUAUCCCAAGUGUGGCUACGACAGCUAUUGGGGUGUCCAUCUUCCUUCUUACCACAACAGCCUGUUUGGUUAUCAAAUCCCGUCUAUUCACCUGUCAUACACAAAGGCGAUCCUCGGAUCAGUUGGACCUAAUGGUAGAUGGCUUACCUGUGUCCCUUCCCACAUAUGAGGAGGCAAUCUACAGCAGUUGGGGCCAGCGACUCUCACCCUUCUGUGGACCCACUCAGCUCCUGUUGGCCCAGGAUGCAUCAGAGCACAGUCCACUUACAUCCCUCAUACACUCGGACUCCAAUCGUUGCACCGAUACAGCCAAUCAGAGCACAGAAGCUAUGCCGCCUCCUUACGAAGAGGUCCAAUCACAAUCGAGAGACCGUACAACUGACAGUGAUGAGCAGACCUUGCAAAGUGCACUUUCUGUUGAUAAAUGCAACUAAUUACUGGACUUUAACUCACCCUUUGACUUUUGACUGUUAAUUUUCUUACAUAGGGUUUUAGUUAAAUUCUGCAACUGAAAGGGUGUCUUAUUGACCUAAAUGGUCAGAAAUUGUCUUUUUUUUUAGGUAAAGUGCUGCAAUAUUGAUUAUCUUAUGUCAAUUAAUGAUAAGCUGGAAAUAUAGCUAUUAUCUUCCCUCAGUGAUGGGAAUUAGAUCAUAAUGUUCAAGGGAAUUUUUUGAAUGACUUUUAUUUAAAGACGUAGGUAUUACAUUAGGGGAUGCAAGCUUUUAUAGUCACUUUACAGCCUUUUAAUUUUAACGAGAACAUCAGUGAAGAUGAGAUGCUGAUUGUGGGUGAUAAUUUCUCUAACAAUACUUUUUAUUUGACCUUGAGCAGACUCUGAUCCUUGAAACCAGUUUAGCUGAUAAUACUGAUUCUUAAUCUGCAAGUUACUUUCACUUAAAAGGUAUAAUUCACCCAAAAAUAUAAUUUAGGUUUUCAUUUACUCAAUCUUAUGUUGCUCCAAACACGUUUCUGGGUGAACUAUUCUACUAUGUAGAACAGGACUUGAAGUAUACUUGCUGACUUGCUGAAUUGACACUGAAUGUGUUUUUGUGUACUUGAUUUUACUUUCUUUUUCCAGAUGAAAACUAUCUUUCAUUUUAUGAUAUGUAAUAUUUACAUUCUUAUAUCAUAUAUAGAACUGUGCACAUAGAGUAUAUAUAUAUAUAUAUAAGUAAUAAUGCAAAAAAAUAAAAAUAAAAAUGUUACUUUAUAAAUGAAAUAUUUGCUAUUAAAACUCAUUUUAAUCUGCACCAAUGUGUUUACAAGUGGUGUUUUUUUCUGAGCUGGUCACACACCCGUUUUCCUUCACAGGAUGAUCCCUGCUUAAACCAACAUUUCCAAAUGUUUAGUCUAAUGGUGUAAUAGUGUAGUCAGACUUUCAAAUGUUCAUUAAAGAGGCCAAUGUGUGUUCUUAUACAGUGUCAAGUUUGUUUAAAGUUGUUUUCACACUAGUUUGAGCAGACAGAUUAAUGCUGGUUAGAAGCCAUGACCUAUAAGAGGGAUAUUAUAAUAUCUAUGAGGAGUUAUUUAUUUACAGAGAACAUGACACCUACACACUCACAUUUGACCUACAUACACACCCUUUGUGAAUAGGCUUGCUUUGUGCUUUUUUUCAUUGGACAUGAUCAUGCAAUGGUAAGCUGGUUUCAUUUUUCAUUUACAUUUAAUCAUUUAGCAGAAGCUUUUAGCCAAAGCAAUUUACAAAAUGAGAAACAUUCACAAUACUUGUCAUAUAAAGCCAACAACUAGAUUCUGAUCAUAGCUGAAGUAGUAUAGAAGUUCGAAUAAAAAAAGAAAGACAUGUUUAAAAAAUAUAUAUGUAAAAAUCUUAAACAUGAUGUGAUGUGUAUUUAAGCAAUUUUAGUUGAAAAGAACAGACCUGUUUUCCAUUUUCAUAUUCCUUUUUCUAUUUUUCAUUUACUAGCAAAGGCAGGUGGCUUUUUAAGCACCAAUGCAACAAAAUGAAGACCAAAGCCAUGCAUUAGGUGAAUAAUGAAUGCUUUGUGUAUUUUAUCAUUCUUGUGUGGCCACAUAUAAUGAUGGGAAAUGUAGUUUUAUUGCAAACUAAAUAAAACUUUAUUGCCUACAAUCUAAACUGCACAGUUUACUCAAGUAAAACUGAAUUACUACCAAUAACAAUUCACCAUGAUUCUUAAAUAGAAGAAAAUCCCUUUUCCCACUUGUAGCUAAGACUUUGUGGUGGUGUUCAUUUGCAUUCAACUCAUAAAUACGAUAAUUCCAAUAUGACUUGAACACACCAUCAAAGCCUCUAAUUUUGAUUUCAUGUGGUCUUUAAAAUUGUGCUCAAUAUAUAUAUAUAUAUAUAUAUAUAUAUAUAUAUAUAUAUAUAUAUAUAUAUAUAUAUGUAUAUAUAUAUAUGUAUACAUAUAUGCUCAGUACCAGAGGGUUUGCUGAGAUAAAAUGAAAAGUAUUUGGCUGAUCAUGUGAUCUCAGUAUCGGCCAAAUGAAACUACAUGCUUCAUGUAAAAUGAAGCAGCUUUUAAUAGGCUGCUGAUAAGGCUGGAGUCAUCAUAUAUGAGUGUGCAUGAUUUUAACCUCCUGAGACCACGUGUCCACAUGCGUGGACAUUCCGUUUUUGCUUCCCUAUAGGUUAUGCAUAAUUUAAUUUCAUUUUAACAGACUGAUCUCAGUUCAGAAGGCUGGGCUGUCAUCAUAGGUUUAAACAUUCAACACAAUGAGUCAUGUAGCAAAACAACAUGGUGCUGAUCUCAGCUGAGUUUGUCUUUGGGGGAAAUGCCAAAAAAACUACAUCUGGUAAGAAACCUAAUCAAGUUUUUACAUUAAAACCUGUUUGAGUGAAAAGAGUAGAGUCUUUAGUUUCAUCUGAUAUGCCAUUUCAUGCUGCAGAUGAUGUUUGAAUCACUCAACAUAUUUGGCAGUCAUGGGACAAUGGUAAUCAGUAAAUAGAAAAACAUGAAUAACCAACACUCAUGGAAACAUAAUAAACAAUUUGAUAAAAAUUGCCUGAAAAAUCAAUUUGAUAGCCUGAAACAUUUCGGGAUUAGUGUAGAGUAGUGACUUCACUCCAAAUAGCUCCGAACCUUUGUCGUUCUUUUGUGCCGGUUUGUGCUGUUAAAAGAAACAUCAUAAAGUGUUUUCUUUCUUUGCAUUUAACAAGAUAGCUUUUGGGAGCCGUGAAAUGUCUCCAUCGUUUGUGCCAAAAAAUUGUGUCCAAUAUCUCAAACACCGAACCAACUGGGGUACCAACUUCACAGAUGUUUGAAAAAAUCUUUCCCCGGCCUGAGGUCAGUUUGAGUACUGCACAUAUGUAGUGGGAAAACACUGUUUAUGUUUUGUUUAAUAUUAAUCUACAUGAAGUCCAUUGGAUCAUAGUUCAAGUGUGCAUGUCCUUUAAAAGCAAACACAACAAUGCUUUAAUAUUAACCACAAAUUAGAUUAUAACAGACAAUUAUUUGUUGUUUAAAAGUGUUGAAUUGAAAGCAAUAUUUUGGGUUAAAUGCAAUCGACAGAUGGAAGAAAAAUGAACAAAUGAACAAAUAAAUAAAAUGAAAGAUAGUUUUCAUCUGGAAAAAGAAAGUAAAAUCAAGAACAUAAAAAACACAUUCAACGUCAAUUCAGCAAACAUACUUCAAGUCCUGUUCUACAUAGUAGAAUAGUUCACCCAGAAACGUGUUUGGAGCAACAUAAGAUUGAGUAAAUGAAAACCUAAAUUAUAUUUUUGGGUGAACUAUGCCUUUUAAGUUUAAAAUCAUAAACCAUUUAUCAAUAGGCACAAUUUCAGUCUGGCUUCAUGCCAUGGGGAACACAUUAAUUCCAGCUAAAUCCUUGGCAAAACAUUGAAUGGGGUGAAAGGCUGAGCGGAAAUACUAGACCAUUCUAAGAAAUGAAUUAUAUUGCAGGUCAAGAAUCAGUCUAAGGAAUCAUGUUAUCAGCUAAACUAAAACUAAACAAAAAAAGUAAUCCAAUACCAACUGGGCCUGUAUGAAAAAGUAUUUGCCCCUUAGUUACUAAAUCCCCAAAUCUAUGAAACAGCAUUCAUAACGGGGCUCAGCUGGACUAGACACACACAGGCCUGAUUAAUGCCAGCUCUGUUCAAAGAAAUAAACACCUAAAUAGAACUUUUCAGCAGCAUGAAGUUGGCUAAAAAGUCUCACCCUGUAGCACCCUGUGCCAAGGUUGAAAGAAUUUCCAGAAAUGAUGAGGAAAAAGGUGAUUGAAUUAAAUCCGUCUGGGAAGGGUUACAAAGCUAUGUCAAAGGCUCUGGGACUCCAAAGAACUGCAGUGAGAGCCAUUAUCUCCAAAUGGGAAAAACUUGGCACAAAAUUCCUCCAAGAGCACAUCAAUGAUUCAUCCAGAAUGUCACAAAAAAGGACAACAUUCAAGGAACUGCAGGCCUCUCUUGCAUCAAUAAAGGUCACUGUUCAUGACUCCAGGAUCAGAAAGACACCGGCCAAAAAUUGCAUCCAUGGAAGAGUGACAAGGUGAAAACCACUACUAACCCAGAAGAACAUUAAGGCUUCUCUGAAUUUUUUCAAAACACACGUUGAUGAUCCUCAAACCUUCUGGGAGAAUGUUCUGUGGACUGAUGAGUCGAUAGUGGAACUGUUUGGAAGACAAGGGUCCUGUUA